UUUAGUGAACAUGGUUACCCACAGCUAACCAGAGGACACGGUUACCCACAGCUAAUCAGAGGGCACGGUUACCCACAGCUAACCAGAGGACACGUUAUCCACAGCUAAGCAGAGGACACGGUUACCCACAGCUAACCAGAGGACACGGUUAUCCACAGCUAACCAGAGGACACGGUUACCCACAGCUAACCAGAGGACACGGUUACCCACAGCUAACCAGAGGACACGGUUACCCACAGCUAACAAGAGGUCAAGCCGGCACAAAACAGGAUGAAAUUGUCACGAAAUACGUCCUGCUUUAUGUGGCUUGCAUCUGUCGUUUGCUUCACCAUGUAUUUGCUCUAUCCUUCCCCAAAGAGAGCUGUUAUACGAGACAUCCCAAGAAACCUUGCAAAAGACAUUGCCAAGGACAUCAUAUCAUAUAUCUCGGACAAUCUUACCCGACAUAUGGAAAAAGAUGCACGUGAUGACUGUUUCAAAGGGAAGGACUACAUGUCGAUACCAUCAAGAUGUCAGAAAGGUUGCUCAUCUGAGAAGCGAGCAAAGGAUCUGUUUUUUGAAAGAAUAUCCAAAAAGGAAAGAAAAGAGUUCAAGAAACUGAUAAAGACCUUCAGCGAAGGUGUCCCUUCCAACGUCAGCUAUUUCUUAUAUGCGGGGACACUACUAGGUUCUUUCUCCCACCACGGCAUGAUUCCUUGGGACGAUGACAUGGACAUCAUCGCGAGGGACGACGACAGACCCGUGUUGUUGAAGUUCCUGCAGUCUCUGAGGCCCGAAUAUGAACUUUACACGGGAUGGACGGUAAACUGGAAAUGGUACCACCAAGCAUCCAAACAGGCUGGGGGCACUCCUUGGAAAUGGCCCUUCCUGGAUAUAUUCUUCUAUUCCACAAACACGAACUUGACAUACAUUCAAGAUCGAAGAUCGAAGAAUAAAAUGUUCAACAAGAGUGAUGUAUUUCCAUUGAUAAAACGGCCUUUCAUGGGUAUGAAGCUGCCAGCACCAAGGAACACCCAUAAGGUGUUGAACAUGACCUACGAUGUGGAGCUUUGUAAAUCGAAUUCAUAUGACCAUAGGCUUGAAGCAGUUAUACCGACGAAGUGUAGAUCGGAACUUCCCUGUCAUUUCCUGAAAGAACAGUUUCCAUUUGUCGACAGGACGCACAGCGGUCGUGAAGAAGUUAGAAUACCAACCGUUUGAGUUGAAUAAUAUUUCAGUUGUAGUACAUAUGUCAGAAUAAUGUGUGAGGAAGGCCCAACAUUAUUCUAGUCGUAGACGAUUAUUACCUUAUUGAAAUCAAGUGGCACGGAUAUGGUACUGUAAAAUCUUUGUCGGGUUUCGAACCCUCCAUACGAACUUUUGUAAAUAUGUGCUGGUUGGUUGGUUGGUUGGUUUGUUGUUUAACGCCGCAUUCAGCAAUAUUCCAGCUAUAUGACGGCGGUCUGUUAAUAAUCGAGUCUGGACCAGGAAAUCCAGUGGUUAAUAUCAUGAGCAUCGAUCCACGCAAUUGAAAUAUGUGCUGGAUGUGGUGAGGUAAGGUGAAAUGGGAUUAACGUUUCGUUCACGUACGCGCGCGCCUGUAUCUGUGUGUGUGUGUGUGUGUGUGCGUGCGUGCGUGCGUGUGUGUGUGUGUGUGUGUGUGUGUGUGUGUGUGUGUGUGUGUGUGUGUGUGUGUGAACUCGUCCCGACUGAUACCGAAUUUUACAGUGUUAGCCAACUGAGAUACCAUGCUUUCAGCUUAACAUGAAUACCCCACUCAGACACAGUAUACUGACUCCGAGCUGACUAGCCCUUUUUUACCCCCAUAAUGCCGAGCGUCAGGCAGGGUAAGACGCGGCCAGGGAUCGACCCCGGACCUUCUGGGUGUGGGAAAGCAUGUUUCCAGUAACGGUCGAUUAUCAUGUAAAUGUGUUAGUUACUGGUGCUAGUUGUUAAGGAUGUCUGAAGAUCGCUCCCCUAAACAGUGUCAUUUACUUCUGAGGAAAUUAGACCUGGCUGGAAGAGUUACCUUGUCUACAUCUGUUAAAUGUGUCCUGUGUUCAUAUGGUUUUGGAUUUGUUAGGUACAGUCCGGAUGUAGGUAAUAUUACACAGUUUAUUUCUACUUUUAAGAACAGAAUAAUAGAUUGUGAUGAGAAGCGCAUUCUUGGUAACAUCAAUCAGUCAUUGAAAUUGCAUCAUUAUUAAAUAUUGAAUGUCAUGUAAGCUUCAUUAAUCAGACGAAUGUUAGAAGAUAUACCAGUAUAUGUUCACUUAGAUUACACGUGCUGCUAAUAAAAUGUAACAGGGAGAAGUGAAAGGGUGAAUAUGACAUCUAAAGUGUGUGAAUGUGGUUUAAAUGAAAAUGAAAUCCUUUUCAUGUUUGAGUGUAAAAUGUUCAUAAACAUUAAAUUAAUUAACAGAUUAUUUUAGAAACUGCCCGAAGUACAUUAUGGAAGCCGGAACUCAACGAAAAUCUGUAUUAACAAAUGCCACUGUCUAAAACACUUUGUCAUUGAAAUCAAAUGCUACUGUGUGAUCGCUUAAAAUGUUUACUUAUAUUGUACAAGGGCCAGCGGGAAACAAACCGAAAUGAAAUUAUAUUGAAUUGGAAAUUGUGAUGUUGCGCUUUGGUUCUAAUGACCGGACUGGGUUACAUUUUUUUCACAAAGGCGAGUUUUAUUUCGGAUAAAAAACAUAAAGGAAAGAAACAUGCUUCUGUAUCAGUGUUUCUUUGAAGCAAGUCGAACGGGUAUUUCCCUUCCCGCUUUUAUUUACGUUUCAUGGUUACUGAGGAAGAUGGGAUAUUCAUCCUCGUCUGUGGUAGGCGGAUCCUUUAACCAUGUUUUUAAAAACGCCCAAUGUGGAACACGUUCUAUCGAACGACUCUCCAACGAGGUCACUGCUUGUGUAAAAAGUUUAUUUAAAAUUACAAAAAUUACUAUUCUUCAACAUAAACAUUUUUGUACACAUCUUAAUGAUUUUUAUGAAAGUACAUUAUGUAUAAGAGAGUAAGUGUGCUACGGUUGUUAUUCGUGUAGUGUAUCGCAGCCUCUCAUUCAUCCUAGACCAUUAGUUAUCUUCUGUUGGAAAAUGUAAAAACGUCAUAUCAUUAAUCUAGUUUACUUAUAAUUCAGCUGGAUUACAGUCACAGCUAUCCCUGGUUGUUCGAGAUGAACGGAUUUCUGCAGUACAAAAUCCAUUGGUUAUAAUGACAAUGUGUUUCAUGACAAACGUUACAAUUCCCUGGUUAUGAUGCCAUUUAUUAUUUAUUUCUUUACGUAAAAUGGGCUAUGUAGUUAAUCUUUUGGAGAAAAUUCCUUCUUCUAAAUCAAGAAACUAAAUAAUUGAUUUCAGUUGUUUUCACGGCUAUUCCUUACACAGAGAAUCAUUCACUUUCUUAAAAUAACGAAAAAUGAGUUUGAAGUUUAUGAUACAGUCCGUUUUCAUAAUAAUAACCUCAAUCGCCGCUGCUUCAAACAAUUAAUUGCAAACAUUAUGUUGGAAAAAGAUAUACAGUCCACCCUGAUUACAAUGCCAUAUUUUCCGCUGGACGAACGGUAACAUUGUAACUAGGAAGGACUGUAUGUCAAUGGUCGGCAUAAGGACAAAAACGCAUUGCAAGUUUUUCCUCAGAUUUGUAUUUGCUUAUCUUGGUCGGACGUCGAGUGUUAUUUAAUUUCCUCUUGGUAUUUUCUAUCUGGUUAUAAGGAAAUACAUUAUCUCCAGACACAAUACCCAUAACCACGCUGUGUUGAUCCAAUUCAGUUUAAGGAGAUCAACUAGGAAGUAGGCGAGUGCACACUUCAGACUCGUUGCAUACUGUGUAAGUGUUGCUUCCUACUGACUUUGAUAUUUUAUAGGACCAUUCUAUAUCCACACCAUGAAAUGCAAGCGGUAGUGUUGUGUUACUGAAACACUCGUUUUGGAAUUCCGGCUGUUUUGAAGCUGAGACACUUGUAAUGUGACCUCAUGUCAUCUAUUGACCAUAUAGCUCGUAUUGCCAGUAAACUACGGUUAUAACGAACAGAAAGGGACCACUAAAUUUAGUUCGUUAUAACCGUUGUACGCUAUAAGCAUAUAUGCAGCAUAUACACUGCAAAUGUCCGGGGGGAAAAAUUGUUAUAUCCGUCAAUUCGUUAUAAACGUGUUCGUUAUGAACACACACACACACACACACACACACACACACACACACACACACACACACGUAGACCAUUCUCCUUCAACUGGUUGUGUACGGUAAAGACAGAGCUACAUAAUAGUGUAAAUUUUUCGGCAUAAUAAAUUCGUCAUAGUGUCUUUAGUUGCCGUGUAUGGUGUCAUAUUAGGUGAAUGCCUCGCCAUAUAUUUUUUCUGCCAACCUUACCUGACACCGUAUACGCACGGUAACUAAAAGCACCAUAAGUAAUAGCAUUCAACAACAGAUAAAAUUACAGAUUCCUGUAAACGGAACCGAAACACAGCUCAUUUUGCAUUUUAGUCAUUCGAUGACCCCGUUUCACAUCCUUCAGUAAAUGUUUGCACGAAUGUUAAACAAAAUCCGGUUGGUCAGAUGCACGUUCAGCCAAAAUGUCGUCACAUCAGGCCAGAUAGCAAUAUGACUGAUUUCAUAAAAAUGUAACGACCCAAAUAUUGUUCGCAGGAUGAAAACAUAAAGUAUAUUUUUGCCCAAUGUCGUCAGUAAACAUGGAAGUAGAAUUACAGGGAAUUAAGUAAUCAAUAAGUAAUAAAGAGGAAUUAAUUUCAUUUAAGGCAAUAAUUACAUUUUAGGAAAUGUUAUGUUUUGAUAACGCAACGGUAUUGUGUUUCUAUACUUUUCAUAGA